AUGAAGAUAGACCUACAUGUUAAGACAAAGACGCCGAAAAUUAGAACUAUCCUCGCCGUGUUGCGGGUCGAGCCUCCUCGUGUCGCAGUAAGGGAAUACCGUGUCGCUGAUCGAGCCACUCGUGUCACGGGAUGUCGUAUCGCGGAACGAGACGCUCGAGUCACGGGUCGAGAUCAUCGCGUCGCAGGUAACAUCGUCGUCAUGGUAAAUAAAGAUAGGCCAUGGUUGGGUCUUUUAAACGACUUCGCCAUGUGUCCAUCAUGCGUUGGAGAAGCGUCGAAUCAAGGCAGUCCGCGUGCGGUUGAGAAGAGUUAG